AUGGCUCCCACUCUUGUUCUUGUCCGCCACGCCGAGGCACUGCACAACCAGACGAAUGACCCUAGCAUCCCAGAUCCCGAGCUCUCGUCGCUUGGUAUUGAGCAAUGCGCAGCUCUACGCGAUAGUCUGAAGGAAAGGUUCCCGAAGACCGCGGAUGUUGGUCUGAUCGUAGUCAGUCCUAUGCGACGAACUCUGCAGACAGCUUCAAUAGCGCUGGAUUGGCUGAUAUCCGAAGGCGUGAAAGUCGAAGUCGAUGCAGACUGGCAGGAAAUCUACGACAAGCCGUGCGACACUGGAAGUCCACUUUCCGAUCUUGAGGCGGAGUUUCCGGCCUUUGAUUUCUCAGUCGUCGACCCAGUCUACCCGAAUAAGAGCUCGCCCGAGGGCGGACGAUAUGCUCAUAACAGGUCAGCCGUUCUAGCACGCGCACAGGCCGCUCUGGGCAAACUCUAUGGUCGGCCGGAGAGGCUGAUCAUCGUGGUUUCGCAUUCGAGUUUCAUGCGGCUAGCGGUCAGCGGCACCUAUUAUACGAAUGCCGACUAUCGCAUCUUUGACUUCAGCGAGCGCAAGAGCAAUGACGAACCAUACAGCUUGACAGAGUGGGAGUCGACAAGAUCAAAUGGUGGUGGCAUGGGUCUCAGCCCGAAGGGUCAAGUAGAGCUUGGAUCAGGGAAUCUGCCACCCGAUGCCGGUUCAGCAAGGUUGGAGAGCUAG